UUGGCUGUUUUGUUUGCUGCAGGAUUGUGUUUUGCUAGCAUCUGGGUGUAUAUUAGGGUGGAGUUAAGAAGACAGUACAUCAGAGCAAGAUUACUAGUUCUAGCAUUCAUUACUUGUGGAGACUAGAUCUGCAACUCUGUAUUCCAGUGAAGAUAGUGAAUAUUCCAAAAUGAAUUCAGAUAUGGAUGUUAUUGAUCAUGAUAACCAGAUCGAGCUGGAGGAGAAAACGAGACUGAUCAAUCAGGUCCUGGAGUUGCAACACACACUAGAAGAUUUAUCAGCAAGGGUUGAUGCUGUGAAGGAAGAAAACCUGAAGCUUAAGUCAGAAAACCAGGUCCUUGGACAGUACAUAGAAAAUCUCAUGUCUGCUUCUAGUGUGUUCCAGACAACUGACACAAAAAGCAAACGAAAGUAAAGGGGGCUCUCUCAAUUUUCUUCAUCUCCAUCAGUUUGAUUUUUAUUUUCCAUAAGUGGCCUCUUGCUCAGAAUUUUACUGCCACAUUGUUGUGGUUUGGAAUGUUCACGUGAAGGUGGAGAAUGAAAUCAGUCUGUAGAUUUUUACAUAUGUACAACUGUAGCAACAACACUAAUAUUGCACUGUUCUAAUUUAUAUGUAACACAGCUUGUCAAGCUGAGUUUAUUACGUCUGAACAAUUGGUCAGCAUGGUUGUAACACAAGUGCAUAUUUCUCCAUACCUUAUUUUUUAUUGAUUUCCAUGGGCAUGAUUUGUAAGUAACUGUAAAAAUGUGCUCUAUAUGGAAUUCUGGUUUUGUUGUUUACAAGCUAGUUUUAAGGGCAAAAGUAUUAAAGUGUAGGUACUUUUACGUAUUCAGCCACUGCUCAAUAAUUUUAAAAAGUAAAUGCAAUAGUUUAGUUGAAAGCAUCUCCCAUUAAGAAUAAUCCUUUGUAAUGCAUGGUCUUGGCUGCAUACUUGGCUUGGCAAACCAAUAUUUUGAUGUAGAUGGCCUUUGUUUUCCAUUGCAUGUCCAUGCAACUUGUAACAUGGUAUAUCCAAGUUUUGUCAGGCUAAAAGAGCUGGAAUGUGUAGUAGAAGUACAGUGUAGUUCAUACUUAUUUGUAGAACUGCUGCGUACUGCAAAUGCAUUUUACUUACUGGCCAGGAGACUUUCUAAAUCUUGAAGUGCUGUGGAAACAUUUAUGUCCACAAACCAAAAUGGCAACUGCAUUUUUCAUUGGGUUCCCUACCAGUAGUUGAGUUUCAGGCAAAUGAGGUUGCAACUCCUCAGUCUCUCUUGGUGGGUUUGCAACUCAGAGCCAUUGCUAGUACUGUUUCUAUUGCAACACUGGUAGAGAUUUACUUUUUUUCUUUUCUGUGUUUGAGAUCCAUGGGUUUAAUGUAUGUAAGUAAGGUGGAGCAUAGUAGGGGGGGAGGGUAAAGCAGGACUUGCCCUUUGCAAAACAAAUUAGCUUUUAUGUUCAUAGGGACUAAGCUACAGCUGGCUGUGUUCAUUCAUUUGUAGCUUCAUCUGGAUGUUCCUGAACGACUGACUGUGAUAGUGGAACAGAAAAGUGUAUGCUGUAGACCACCUGUUUAAGAAAGACAUGUCUGAACGUAGUCUACCUACCCCUGGAGAUGCACAUUUUGGAUUAAUGAGCAAUAUUCAGUGGUUCCACUAUAGGAUCUAAACCUUCUGGUGUGACCCUUUCACCAUCGGGAGUGCGCAGACUGCAUUACCCACUAAUCUUGAAAAGCAGGAAUAGGCAUUUAAGGGACUAAGCAGUGUGACCUUUAUAUUUUCUGACCACUUAUUGUGGAGAAUAUUUUUGAUAAUGUCACUGCUAUGUUUGCUUAUUUUAUGUUUAAAGACCUUCCUGCCAUGUAUACUGUUAAAUUGUACAGGUUGAUGAGUAUGGUUUUUUUUUUUUUUUGUUCGUAUAACAUUUCAUGUGUAUAAGCUGCACAUCUCUGAAACUUGUUACACUGUUCUGCAUAUUUUUGUACUGCCUGCAUGAAUCGGUGAGACAUUAAUUGGCUUAAGUUGUUCAGACUGCGUAUUAAUGAUCUGAGCAGUGGUGCAAGAUAUUCUCUCUCAUGAAAUUCCUGGAUGAGGUAGUUAAGCGACUCCUCUAUCCCUUCUGUUGUGUGUUCACUCAUUAGUCUGUGUGUUUCAUCAGACCCGAGUACACUGUUUGUAAAAAAAAUCCUUGCUGUAGAUAAGUCAGCUGUGCACUGCAAAUUAUGAACCUAGAUAAAAUACUGUAUGCAAGUUAUGAUGGCAUAAUUGAACUUCACUCCAGACUGCAAGUUUUAAAGAGGAUUAUUGCUUGGUCAUAUAAAUAUCCAGACUAGAAGUAAUGCUUGAUCAAAUAAACUACCACAGAUCCUUGCAUACAGUUCUUGGUUCUGGAUUUUUUGAUGUAUGUUCUCAGUUUCAGUUUGGAACAAAAUGAAUUGUAUCUAGUAAUUUCCCCACUUUUUUAAUGAAUUCUGUUCUGGCUAUAGCUGGGAUCAUAGUUCUAGAAAGGCUUUCUUCAUCUACCAUGACUCAGCAGUGCUUCUGUCCAUCACACAACUUGAUUUAUCAUUGCUGUUGCAUCAUAUAAUGCACAUGGUGCUGAAUUGGCUAUGUCUCAUCCUACCUUAUCUUAUUUGAAGCCUUUUCUUUCACCCAAGCAUCUACUGUUUCAUCAUUGCUUAGCACAGGUUUACAGAUAAUAAGAGAUCCUGUGGACAGAGGAACCGCUGAAACCGGAAUAUAUUAAAAUAAAAUAAAAAUAAAUGAUUGUUAAAAUAAGACUACUUGGGAUUUAUUUGCUCCAGUGGUGCUGGUAAUUAGAAAAAUGAAGUCUCUGUCAUACAACUGAUAAAACUGAGCUUUAAGUGAACAAGCAAGCUCUAUUCCCAUUUAUGUCCACGUAGCAGUAAGCAAGCUCUAUUCCCAUUUAUGUCCACGUAACAGUAAGUUUGCUUUGCUUUGGACCAAACAUCCAGUAUUGCAGCUGCAACAGAAUUAAAGUCAUUGUUAAACAGGUAAACCCACUGGACACAAGUUUUCUUUAAGGGGCAGCACUGUGGUAUGAUCUGAUUAAGUGGAUUGUCAGUUGCAUAGUAUGCAGAUGGGGACUGAAAAAGUAGAACACCAGACUAAAAGAUGAAGCUUGUUAAUAAUGGUUAGCCUUAAUCUGUUCACUAAACUAUGUUUGGGCAUUACACCUAAAAUGUGUUUUAUUUAUAGCAGGGUCAAUGUAUCCCUUUGACCACAGGACUCUAAAGCAGUUUUCUUUUGGGGUGGAGGCCAGUCAUUCAGCUUUUAUGGUUAUGAUGGUGUUAAGCACCGAUUUAGGAGGGAUGCCUGAAGUAACCUUCUGUUCCAUUGCCAUUUUAUUAGAUGCUGCAUUGGAUCAUGGUAUAUGACUAAAAAACAAAAAAUAUUGCUCCAGCCAAAGGACUUCCAAUGAACUAUCAACACCCCAAAACGGAAUAUCAAGUCUUUAUUUGACCACUUUUUUUUUGGCUGGUGCAGGGUUCCCCAUUAGAUGAACAAAUGCUUAAAAUGUCGAGUACGACAUGCUCGAAAGGAGUUUCGAAUAUAGUUGGCCAGCCGUCGGGAAGCCAACAGCUGAUGUCACCGUUCACCUUGUCUAGCCGUUCUUACAGUCCUCCACUGUGGUGCAGUCUCGUUCACCCUCUGUAAUGUUAUGACAGUCCUCCACUGUGGUGCGAUCUUGGAGUUGGUAUAUUUAAAAAGGGGGGUUGUGGAAGGCAAAGCCCCACACUUUAUUUUGUUGUUUGAUUUUUUUUUUUUUUUGUUGGGGGGGGGGGGUUAAUGGUCUACAGUACAUUUUAGCCAUCAGCCGUUUGCUUCCUGAUGGCUGGCCAACUAUAACUUUUUGAAACUCUAUGUUUCGACUUUGUGGGGUUUCGCUUAGAUGAACUUUCAUUUAAAAGCUGUCGAGCCUGUCUUAUUUGACAUUUUAAGCGUUCGUUCAUCUAAUAUAGACUCUGGAGCGAUUCUUUCUUGUUAUUUUUAGUGGUGUAUUUUGGUAUCGCUGCACAUUUAGUUAUCAUGGUAUGUGACCUGGAAGCCUUGCUUGAAAAGUACAGUGAAGUAAUGCAUUUGAGCCACACUAUUUGUAGGUAGCAUAACAUCCUUGUUGUAUAGGUAGCUACUUGGUGUCUAAGCAGCAUGUCAGCCGAGCAUAUUUAUGGUGUCUCUGUUGCUUUAUUAUCUUUAGUACAUUUUCAGUUAUGUAUAGACAUCCAUUACAGUACUGCAGUAAAUAAAGUUAGCAUUUUAAUUGCUGUCUUUUCAUUGAGGUGCUCAGUAACAGUGUGUCAUAUUUAUAAUUCUUUUAUGUAUUAUUUUAACUUUGAGCUUUUGUUUAAUAAAAUAAUUUUUUAGGA